AUGUCGCUGAGCCCCAAGCACACGACGCCCUUCUCGGUCACCGACAUCCUCAGCCCGAUGGAGGAGAGCUACAAGAAGUUCGGCGGCAUGGACGGGGCGGGCGGGCUGGGCGCGCCCCUCGGGCCGUACCGCCAGGCGUCCGUGCCCCCCGCCGCCGCCGCCGCCGUCCCGCAGCACGUCCCCGCGGGCGCGGCCGCCUACCACAUGCCCCACGGCGUCUCGCAGUUCCCGCACGGCGCCGUCGGGGGCUACUGCAACGGCGGGCUGGGCAACGUGGGCGAGCUGCCCGCCUACCCCGAGGGGAUGCGGGGCGGCGCGGCGGCGGGCGGCGGCUGGUACGGGCCCGGCGGCGACCCCCGCUACUCCAGCAUCUCCAGGUUCAUGGGCCCGUCGGCGGGGAUGAACGUGGCCGGCAUGGGCGGCCUGAGCGGCAUCGCCGAGGGCGCCAAGGCCAUCGUGCCGCUGCACGCGGCGCCGCGGAGGAAGAGGAGGGUGCUCUUCUCGCAGGCGCAGGUCUACGAGCUGGAGCGGCGCUUCAAGCAGCAGAAGUACCUGUCGGCGCCGGAGCGGGAGCACCUGGCCAGCCUGAUCCACCUGACGCCCACGCAGGUGAAGAUCUGGUUCCAGAACCACCGCUACAAGAUGAAGCGCCAGGCCAAGGACAAGGCGGCCGCCCAGCAGUUGCACCCCGACGGCGGCGGCGGCGGCGGCAGCGGCGGCCUGUGCCAGCAGCCCUCGCCGCGCCGCGUGGCCGUGCCGGUGCUGGUGAAGGACGGCAAACCCUGCCCGCCGCCGGGCAACGCCACGCCGGGCCCCGGGCCGGCCGCCCCCGCGGGCCCCGCCGCCGCCGCGCCCGCCGCGCACCCGCACCCCGGCUCGCUGGGGCAGGCGGCCGACCUGGAGGAGCUGUCGCCCAGCCCGCCGGCGCUGCACGGCCCCGUGGCUCCCCUGGCCCCCCUGGACUCGGCCGGCGUCGACUACAACGGCGGCAUGGUCAGCCCCAACCUGCUCUACGGCAGGACGUGGUAA